GUGAGUAUCUACCUUUAGUUCUGUAUUUGGGACUAGAAAAUAUCUCUAGGAACUUGCUAACCAACACAUAGGGUACCAGCGUACCGAGCUGCGCUCAAGGACCGUUCAUGCGAUCAUGGCCAAUGACAUAUUGACGCCUGACUUUUGGCCCUGUGUCGACCGGCUCGCCCUGCAGCUCACGACGCUGCUUCUGUCCCUGAUUCAUCUCCUGGACAAGCACUUCCCGGCCAGCCGGGAAACGUCGUUGCGAAGCAUCCACCAGGACCUCCACGCCCUUGUGUCCCAGGCGGCGUAUAUGUCCAUCGGCAUCCGCAGGUCCCGCGACAUUUUCCGCUUCUCGUCCCCCUUUCCCGGAGAGGUCUGGGAUCUCGACCAGGAGCAUGUCGACGAUACCAUCUACAAGCAGUCCAAGGCACUGACUGACGAAGCUGAUAAAGCUGCCGAAAGAAGGCACAGGGCCCGGCGCCGUGGGUCAAGGCAGCGAGCGGAGUCGCCCAGGCCGUUGACUAUCGGCGAGCGUGGUCGGGCCUUGGUCACGAGUCUCCUGAAUGUGAUCACACCACCGCGGAGCCCUGCCUGGGGCGAUGUCGACGAGCAGGAUGCAGACGACUUGAACACGCCCAACAGCUUCCGGCACCCGUCCCGUCUAGCUAAAGUCCAAAUAGUCGUCUGGCCCAUGCUGCAGCGCUUCGCGUCAGGAGUCACGGUGGAUCCAGUUAGCGGUACCGCCGAAGGCCAGCACAUCACCACUCUUUUCAAAGCCCAGGCCGUCUACUACUGUGGACGGAUCGACCAGCCCGGGGAGCAGUAUGAAGAACGGCCAACGCUGGAAGAGUGGGUUCGCGAAAAGACACGGGAUGACAGCUGGCGGCUCCCAAGAGAACUGCCUUGGGUCGCAUACUUCAUUGCCUGCUGGCUGCUGAUCAGUGUCCUGCUCGGCACCGGGUCCAUGGCCUACGGCUUGCUGAACAUCCUGCCGGCGGAGGGGCUGGUUGGGUUUGUCAGGCAUAUCCUGCUAAGGAUGCUCAUCAAUUCGCUGAAGAUUUACAUCGUCGCGUCCCAGAUUUUGCUAUUCAUUGUGUACGCCACAAAGAAUACGGCCGUCGGCUUGUUUGGGUUGGCGCUGCGCAAAGGCCCCUUUCCGUCCUCGUGGGUACGCGGCAUUGGUCUGCAUGGCAUGGUAACGGAUGGCGACUUGUUUGCAUACCCCAACUUCAAAUGGGAGUCCAUCAAGGGUGCUGCAAACGCAGUGGUCGGUCACAUAGUCUGGGAGAAAUAGUCGGGUAGAAGGCGAUCAGGACGGGGUUGCAAUGCAGACGCUGCAGGGCACAAUCCGACAUGUAUCCAACUUAAGUCUGCUAGAGGCACCGCGACUGGCGAUCUGUUAGUGAGGGCCAAAAUUUUGUAUGCAAAAAUCGUCCUCUCGACUACCGCUUUUAACAGAGCCUUUGUACCCUGCAGAUUCCAAGCGUCAAGACUGGGCCUCGUGCAAAUUGUCUGGUGACUCUGGUCCAGCCUCCGCCUUCCCAGCACAGAUUUGAGACCAAAUGUCCGUAGACUCGACGAUGACCAUGUAUCCCAUCGCGCAUCAAGUAUUAGCGCCUGCUUUGGCUCGUGUACUGUACAUACACCUAAUAUAGGCACUUCAACAGCGGAGUAUGGUGGUUGCCUUGAGCUCCGCAUCAUGAGAGUACUGGAGGAUAUGGUGAGAAAAUUGGUCGCCUUGUGCA